AUGCCAGGGCAAGCUGCCCGAAUUGAUAACUUUGAACUUGUAAGCCCAUCCUGGUCGAAUGGGAAAGCCAAGAUUUGCUCAGCAAUGCGAUUCGGUCCCGAACUGCUUCAUUAUUGUUUAAGGACCAGGCCAGCGCGCGUCGCAUCAAGACCAGUUGAAGCGGAAAAUCCACUCUCCCGUCGACCAAAGUCUUCUUUCAAAAUUACGAUUCAAGACUCGACACCAUUUCGCAAUGGUGAUGUCGUGACACUGGACGGGACUGCCGCCGCCCUUAAUGACGGCACCGCCACCACAGUUGUUAUGGAACGUCCAUUGAGCUACAGCUCUCCGGAGUGCGCUUCAAUGUCUGAACUUGUAGUAAAUCAAAUACGCGUCUCUGCCUGUGGGCUGGUAAUUGACUGCUUUGCUGAGGAAGGAAACUGGGAUAGUAUUAUUGUCGAACAUCGCGUAUGGGUUUCAAUGGUUAUCUACGUCGAUAUAGGGAAUACGGUGCUCUCUUCAACCGUAGGCAUACGCCCGGGUGAAGUUUUUAAUCUAGCGGGAACAAUUCUGGAAUUUUGCGAGGUAGGCAAUAUGUGGGCAGUACACCUUAACGGGCUCUCAUUGGAUACCGAUAAUCUCUCCGGCACCAAAGUGAUGAGUAUCAUUGGACGUCAUCAUGAGCACGCGGCCAAAGCUGCGGAGGUUAUGCUCGGCAAACGAGUCGUCGUCUCCGCAUGUAGUGCUGCCCCAAAUGUGAGGACUGUACGCUACCCUACACAGGGUAUCCAAUUUUAA